AUGCCAACCAAAGAACAGGAAGAAAGAAUUAUCUAUUCCACCAUUACUGGAAUCAAGACAUGUGCUAUUAAUGGAAACAUUUACUGUGUGCCUAUUUCCUUCGUGGCUCAGUUAGUAAAGAGACCACCUGGCUUUGUAGGUGGAGAAAGCAGUGGCACCCCACUCCAGGACUCUUGCCUGGAAAGUUCCAGGGACAGAGGAGCAUGGUGGGCUGCAGUCCAUGGGGCUGCUAAGAGUCGGACACGACUGAGCGACUUCACUUUCACUUUUCGCUUUCAUGCAUUGGAGAAGGAAAUGGCAACCCACUCCAGUGUUCUUGCCUAG